GUUGCUGCAAAUUCAACCGCGUUAACUUAGAGCUGUACACAGAAAUCAAAAAAUGACUGCCCAAACGACCACUGAGCCCCCAAAAUGUUGCUGCUUCAACAUCAAGACGGUAACAGUCGCUCUAGGAAUCUUCCACAUGGUUAUGAGUGUUUUGCUCCUGAUUGAGUAUUCCCUGGAAGUGGCUAGCGGGAAAGGCUACUGCAAAGACCUGGACAAGGAUUACUACAGAAUUGCUGACGUCAUCACUAGUUUCCUGUUGAUCAUCAUGCUGUUUGCCAUCAGCUUCAACCUCCUCCUUGGUGUGGUGAAGAAGAGGGAACGACUCCUGAUUCCAUUCCUUGCUCUACAAGUCAUAGACUUUCUCCUCAGCCUCCUAACGAUGUUCAGCUCCUACAUACAAAUCCCAGCAAUCAUUUCUGUGUCAUCCCUUGGCCACACGCAGGGACACUUGAAGAUCCCUUUCUUGGCUCUGCAGCUGCUGGACUUCUGUCUGAGUAUCCUCACUCUCUGUAGUUCAUACAUGGAGGUCCCAACCUACCUCAGCCUCAAGUCUUCAGACAACGGGGGCUUCUUGCCAACCCUUGCGAAGUUACCAACAGAGGAAUAUGUCAGAAUAAUGGUCACCUUCACCAUUGCAUUCAUUGCUGUCCUCUUCCUCAAGGCCUAUAUGUUCAAAUGUGUCCUCAGUUGCUUUAAGUAUAUUAAAGCCAGCAAGAGAGUGGAGGUGAAAGUCAACCCACAAAGAGCUGAGAAGGCUGUGCUGCCAUCAUAUGAGGAAGCUGUAGAGUUGCCUUCCAAGGAAUCUCCACCUCCCUAUGUAGAAAUCUAAGCUCUUCUCACAGGGAAGAGAAGACCCUGUGCUGCUGUUAGUGCCUCUUACCCCUUGUGUCAGAUACUCGGCCUUGUUGAGAAGCCCUUGCUUCAUAGCCAUAUCAUGCUUAUUACAGUGCAACUCACUUGUAGGAGCCUCUAAAGAGUGAUAGUGAACUGCUGGAGCUGGUGCCUUGUUCUGCACUAGCAGACCUGAGCUGAUACCAAUGACUGAGCUGCAGUGCUCUUUUAAUAAACUUGGCACCAGGCAACACAAAAGCUCCCAUCAACAUCUGGCUAACGUGAAAGUACGGGCAUUGGCCUGAAACUCUUGUCAGGCUUACUUUAUCCCAGCUGGAUAUGGGUUCUCAUCUGUUUGAUAUCUUUAACUCAGCAGCUAUGGGGAGCAUCAAGCAUUUAGCAAGUGGAAUGGGGAGGGGGGAGAGCAAGCUAAGACCUUUAUGCUGAGAUAGCAUAUUUCAGAGUUAGGCUAUGUUAACCAGCAACAUCUAAUGAAGACCUAAGGGAAAGGGGAUCAGCAAAAGGCUGAAGAUCCCAAAUGAGCUACAACGCAGCUCUCAAACCUGUCUGCUUACGGUAAUGAUUAGUAGUGAGUGCUCCAGAAUAUACAAUAUGCUGGAAUUGUCACAGUAUUGCUCUGCUAUUCUGUACCUGAGUGUUUGCAUUUUGGGAUUUUUUUGUGUGACUUGAAAGAUGAGCUUCAAUAAAAAAAAAAAAAAGUUAAUGAUUUUAA